GGGACUCACAUUCCCGGGCCUGCUUGGCAGGGCUAAGCCUCUACGUGUAAACCCUGGGCGCGGGCUGCCGCCUCCCCGCCCCGCCCCCGCAUCUCCUCCUCUGCCCCGCGCUGACGCCGGCCCUCGCCGCCAGUCGUUGACAGCCGCCGAGCUGCGAGCUUCUUCUCUCCCGCAGAGGCAGGGACUCCUGAAUAUAUUUGAAAACUGAACAGUUUCAGCCAAGCCGAAGCAUUCUGUCUUCCCAGGGACACAAAUCCAACUUAGCUGAGCCAAAGCAGAUAUAAGUCAUCAUGGUGAAAAGCCACAUAGCCAAUUGGAUCCUGGUUCUCUUUGUGGCCACGUGCAGUGACAUGGGCCUCUGCAAGAAGCGACCAAAGCCUGGAGGAGGAUGGAACACUGGGGGGAGCCGAUACCCAGGACAGGGCAGUCCUGGAGGCAACCGCUAUCCACCCCAGGGAGGGGGAGGCUGGGGUCAGCCCCACGGUGGUGGCUGGGGCCAACCCCACGGUGGUGGCUGGGGUCAGCCCCACGGUGGUGGCUGGGGUCAACCCCAUGGUGGCGGAGGCUGGGGUCAAGGUGGUGGCACCCACAAUCAGUGGAAGCCCAGUAAGCCGAAAACCAACAUGAAGCAUGUGGCAGGAGCUGCUGCAGCUGGGGCGGUGGUAGGGGGCCUUGGCGGCUACAUGCUGGGGAGUGCCAUGAGCAGGCCCCUUAUACAUUUUGGCAGUGACUAUGAGGACCGUUACUAUCGUGAAAACAUGUACCGUUACCCCAGCCAGGUAUACUACAGGCCAGUGGAUCAGUAUAACAGCCAGAACAGCUUUGUGCAUGACUGCGUCAACAUCACAGUCAAGCAGCACACGGUCACUACCACCACCACCAAGGGGGAGAACUUCACUGAGACGGACAUCAAGAUGAUGGAGCGUGUGGUGGAGCAAAUGUGCAUCACCCAGUACCAGAGAGAAUACCAGGCUUAUUACCAAAGAGGAGCAAGUGUGAUCCUCUUCUCCUCCCCUCCUGUGAUCCUCCUCAUCUCUUUCCUCAUUUUCCUCAUAGUGGGAUGAGGAAGGCCUUCCUGUUUUCAUCAUCUUAAUCUUCACCAGGUUGGGGGAGGGGAUAUCUACCUGCAGCCCUUUAGUGGUGGUGUCUCAUUCUUGCUUCUCUGUUCGUCACCUGUAGGUUAAUACCCUUGGCCCUUACAGCACUGGGAAAUGGAGAGUAGAUCUGAGAUGCUAUUUAUUCAAGCCCCAUUUGACUGAAUCCUUCAUAGGCCAAUGCUAGUGCUGAGCUGGUAAAAGUGUAACAGCAAAUAAUCAUUGGUUGAUCUAGGCUUAUUUUUUAUCUAGUGCAACAGAUUGAGGCUAAAACAAUUCUCAAAGCAGUCUUCAAAUACCUUUGCCUAAAUACCUCCAGCUGCUUCUCCAGCUAGAGCUCAGUACACUAAUGCCCCAUCUUAGCAGUGAUUUUAUAGCAAUUUCCUCAUUUGUUUUAAGAAAACCUGACUGCAUUUCCCUGUUCAGACAGCAUUUCUGUCAAAUCUGGAAGAAGGCCACAUAAUAUUCAUUCAAAAAACAAAACUAGAAAUCCUUAUCUUGUGGGCCCAGGCUCAACCCGGUGGAAAGCAUGUGUCCUGUGUCUGCAGAGAACUGUAAGGAUGUUUUGCAUUUUGCAGUACGGGUUACACAGCAGCUAUUGCAUCAAGAAUGGAUAUUCGUGCAACACUAGACUUCUGGGCAGAGGACAUUUUCACAGGGAAUGAACAUAACUAACAUAAUAUGAAAGGCUUCUGAGACUAAAAAUUUCCAACAUAUGGGAGAGGUGCCCUCGAAGACAACCUCCCAUUUUGGAUGUUUAAAGCACCUUCAUGUGGUAUUCUUUUCUUUAGUAAUAUAAACUAUAGAUAAUUAAGUUACCUUAAUUAAACUACCUUCUGGACACUGAGAGCAAAUCUCUUUUGUUUGUUUACCUGGAAAGCAGAAUGAUUUUAACAUUGUUUGGAUGAAGCCAGGAGAUUUUAACAUAGAGGAAACUGCAGCUAUUAAAAACACGGUAUUCAUUUGAUUGAAUCCUUCCUGGGCCAGUGCUGGUGUUGGACUGGUAAGAGUGUAACAGCAAAUAUAGAGGAUUAUGUUAUGAAGAAAACAAUUAGUGUACAAAGAAAAAUGCUUUCAUUUCUUUACUGCUAUCUCAUAAUUGUCAAAAAAUAGAAUUAGGUCCUUAGUUUCUGGAAUUGGCUUUUGAAUCAAAGAAUAGGGAGGCAUUCCAAAAAAAAAAAAUAGGUUAGAGAUGGUAGGAAUAUGAUCCAUUCAAAGUGGAAAAAGAAAUUCUGUUACCAUUAUUUAAGUAAGGUAAAAUUAUUCCCUGGGUUGUUCAAUAUUGUCACCUAGCAGAUAUACAUUACUAUUCUGCACUGUUAUUACUGGCUUGCACUUUGUGGGUAUCCUAUGUAAAAAAAAAUUAUAUAUAUAUAUAUAUACAUAUAUAUUGCAUAUGACAAACUUAGAAAUUUCGGUUAGAGCGGUUAACAUCUGAACAAUCUAAUGCAUUACCUGUUUUUGUAAGGUACUAAUACUUAAUAACACUUAAAGGAAGCCCUUUUGUGUGGUCCUUAGGCUUACAAUGUGCACUGAAUAGUUUUGUAUAAGAAUACAGAAUGGUAUUUGAAAUACGCAUGUGCUUUAUAUUUUCUGUAUUUGUAACUUUGCAUGUACUUGCUUUGUUGUAUUAAAAGUUUAUGUGUUUAAUAUCUGACUAAUAUUAAACAAGAGCUAAAAGGAG